GGGGGGCGCAGUGUGAUAAAAGUCAUAACGUGAUGUCAGGGUCUCUGUUUACUAUCUACAUGUGACAGAAAGCCUCUAUGUUGAUCCUAGUAGGUUGUACGCGCUUCGAUGUUUGAUGAAUGGUUCGAUGUGGUGAAGCAAAAUGCCGACAUACAGAUGCAUUUGUGGUGCCUUUAUAUUCAGGCAUCGCAUAUACCCAAUCAUGAUGACACGAUACUAGGGCUGCACGAUUAAUCUUUUUUUUGUCAUGAUAACGAUAUUUAUGACCCACGAUCAGUUAAAAAAUAUCGUCGCAAUUUUACAGUAUAAAGACCAAACUGUUUUUUAUGGGCGGAGUUUACGGAUUGGACUGCGUCACUAUGACGUUACUGCGUCUAGAUUGCAAGCGCUUUCUGAAGCAGUAGAAGUCAAUAGCAGCAAUAACAGUCAGUCAGAAUAAACAUAUGAUGGCGGAGCAACGUGAGGAAGGUGCAGAAGUACGAUCGUUAGUUCCUAAAAAGGGGUCAUACUCCGUUGUCUGGAACUAUUUCGGUUUCGAGGAAUGUGAUGUUGAUCAGGUACGAGUCUUGUGCAAACUUUGCUCCUGUUCCUUCCAAACGUCCCAAGGUAACACAACAAACCUCAUCAACCACCUUAAAAGCCACCACAAAGUACACUAUCAAGAAUUUCAACGACUGAAGGCACAAACAGCAACAACAAAAAAUUACCAGCCAUCCACAACACAGACAACAGUAUCAGGGACAUUGUUCAACGCAAUACCAUAUCUGCCUAGCUCGCAAAGACACCAGGAAAUAACAGAGGCGAUCACGUACCAUAUAGCCAAGGAUAUGUGUCCAAUAACCACCGUGAGCAGUGAGGGGUUUAAAAAAAUGAUCGCAACACUUGAUAAAAGAUAUAGCAUUCCCUCACGCAACCAUUUUUCCAAUGUUGCGCUGCCCUCGCUGUAUGCGAAAUGCCGAAAAGAAAUAGAAAGAGAAAUUCUCAGGCUCAGCCUUGAAUAUUUUGCUGCCACGACCGACUUAUGGUCAAGCAGAACUGCGGAACCGUAUUUGAGCUUGACAGUUCAUUUUAUUGACCGCGAGUUUGAGAUGAAAAGCAAGCUUUUGCAAGCUUUUUGCGUUUUUCCCACAAGACCAUACAGCUGAGUUUAUUGCAGUGGGCCUCAAAGAAGUGAUGUCCGCUUGGGGCUUGGUGGAAGAAAGACUUGUGUGCAUCACAACGGACAACGCAGCUAAUAUGAUUAGGGCAGCAUCUGUGAAUAACUGGCCGAGGCUACACUGCUUUGGUCACAGACUUCAUUUAGCCAUCGGUAAGUUGUAUGUUUUUUUCCCAGAUAUAUUGAAACAAUUUGACAAUUUAAAAAUAUUAAUUGUUGUUGUUGUUUUAGUGAUAUUAUAAUCAGGGGUGCACAUAACUGGUACGCAGGUACGCAUGCGUAGCAAAAAUGAUGAACGGGCAAAGUCAUUUUGUUACUACAGCGCUUUCGCGUACAAAACAGAAGAGCUCUUGACUGUGACCGUUUUUUGACAGCGUGCGAUUAAAAUUUCACCUUCACCAUUUGUUUUAUGUCCUUUCGGUUUAGGUACUGCGUAUGUUCGAAAAGUGUUUAUUCCUCUGACUCAGGACCCUAUUCUGCACCAGCGGAAAGCACCAUACAAAGUGGUUUCAUUUUGAAAUAAAAUAAUUUUGUGUAUUUUCCGCUUGUGGCAGUGGUAAUUUUUAAAUGAGGCGCAGCUGUGCGCAUUUUCGGCUACUUUAAGACGGCCAAAUGACAGUGCGCUCUUCACCAACAGUCUUUAGUCAGUGACGUUAUUUAUUAAACGAUAUUUAAGCGCCACGCACUCACGUGAUAUUAGAUACGUACUCAAAUAACAUUUUAUUUUAUUUCGGUUUUAUCACAAAAGAACAACUGAUUCUUUCAUACAAUUUUUAAUGAAACGCAAUACAUUUGUUUAAUGCAUAUUACGCUCAAGACACAACCUUGUGUUCCGUCAAGUUGCACAAUGACGAUAAAAACUACAAAACCUUAAGGGAGCGAUCUGCACUUAUUAAGACCUCGCUGUGGAGUGCGUACCAAACACCAGCUCCUGCUACUCACCUGAGGAACACACUCAAAACGUUAUGUGCACCCCUGAUUAUAAUGACAAUAAGUUAUAUGUCUACAGUAUAAUAAUCAUCAUUUUUAUUCUGCUAAUCUAUCAAAUUAGAUACAUUUAAAAGUUAAAAAAUAUUUGAUUAGUCAAAUACUAUUAUGUUAAUGUUUGUGAACCCAGAUGAGUUUAGAAUAAGUGAGUGUUUAUUAUUGUCUUAUGUAGGUGUAUAUAAUUAGUGAAAUAAAAAACAUUUUUUUUUUUAUUUCUGAUCAAAAGUUGCAUUAACAACAAGAGUCUUCCUGUGUCUUACUGUUUUUUUUCUGAUCAUGUUUAUUUCCUGAAGAGAAUGCCAUGAAGGAUCCAAGAAUUGACCGGGCUGUGGGGCUCUGUAAAAAGUUGCCAAGCUCCUUCUCUUACAGCUGGAAGCGUAAGAGAGAGUUUUUAGCUGCACAAAAGGAGAUGAAACUCCCAGAGCACUCACUGAAAACAGAGUGUCCAACAAGGUGGGGAUCACGUUAGGCCAUGAUAGAGAGAAUCAUUGAGCAGCAAAAGGCCAUUGCACAUGUCCUGUCCUCUGACAAGAAGUCUCGUCAUCUUAUCCCAACAUGGCAGGACAUGGAUGUACUAGAGGCAAUCAACAAAUCCUUGUGCCCUCUAGUUAGUUUUACAGAUGCACUGUCUGGCGAGAAGUAUGUCAGCGUUUCAUUUGUUAAGCCAGUUCUUCAUCUUUUCAACGCAUCAAUCUUGAAAGUUAAGGAUGAUGAUACUGACCUGUCAAGAGCAAUCAAGUCUAAAAUUUUGGAGUACCUAAACGAAAAAUACAGUGACCCAGACAUCUAAGCUCUAUUGGACAUGGCAUCUACGGUGGAUCCACAAUUUAAGAUGAGAUACACGGCUGAGGACAACAAAACAACAAUUCAAUCCAGACUCAAAGCUGAGAUGCUGACUUUGGCAAUGAUGGUGCCACCCCAAGAAACAGCACAAGAGACCAGCGAGGAGGAUGCUGAAGCUGGAUGUGCCCCAAAGAAAAAGAUGACUUUAGGAAGCUACUUUAAAACUGCUGAACAAGCCUUGCCACCUAACAACCAGAAAUCCAGUGUAGCCUGUGAGCUGGAAUCUUACUUGCAGUCAAGCUACCUGGAUAGUGAGGGGGACCCAUUAAAAUGGUGGAAAGAACAUGAAAAGAUCUACCCAAGGCUUUCAAAAGUGGCAAAAAAAUACUUGUGCAUACCAGCCACAAGCUGUCCUUCUCAGAGGGCUUUUAGUUCCGGUGGAAAUGUAGUUACUUGCUUGCGGUCUUCCCUAAAGCCCGAUCAAGUUGACAGGCUUGUGUUCUUAGCCAGAAAUCUGUAACAUGUUGUAAAAAUUUUUUAUUCUUAUUUGAUUUUAUUAAAAGUUGAUGUAAAAGAGGCAGUUUAAUUUUAUUUAUUUACCACAGCUAAGAAAAACUCUCCAUUCUAAACAUGUUCGGUUUGUUUAUUGUUCUUUAUUUGUGGCUGUAAAGUGCAAUAAGAAUACUCAAGUGAAUAAAAGUUCAUUACCAAA